AAUAACUCUUAACGCUGGAUAGUCAGUAGCUGAAUAAAUAAAAAAAUGGUAGAAUUUAAUAUAAAAUUACUGGGGUAUGCGUUAGCAGUAAUUAUGCUUAUUCAACCCUGUCCAGCGUAUAGAGAAAUUUCCGGUUUAUUGGAUGAGGCCAAAGACUUGAGUCGCGAGGAGAUUAAUGUUCUAAGACCUUUAUUUUCGGAAAUGCAAUUGCAAUAUGAUUUUGUUGCUAGUAAAACUCCUCAAGAAGGCGCUAAACUAGACGAUGAAUUCGAACAGCAAUACGAGGCCACCUUGCAGGAAUUUGAACAGCAGCUAAACAACAUGUUUCCCCAAGAAGCAACCACCAAGUAUGACACUACCUUACCCACGGUUGAAGAGAUUAUGGGCAAACCCGAUUUCAGCCUAAUGACCAAAGAACAACAAAUGGAAUUUUUAGAUAUGCAAAGUAUUUUACAUGAUGCCUUAGAUGAAGCUCAAUUGAAUCUUAAUGACUUAGUACUUAGAGCAUUAAUCCUGGAAACAAAUUUACUUAAGCUAAAUAAACCCAAAAUUAUUAUGUUCAUUUUAAAGGCCCUCAAAUUGGGCUAUAAGGCUGCGGCUCGAGUAGGACGUGCUGCAUAUUGCACUUACUCCCAUUUACCUCAACUGAACACAUCUCUUCACUCUCUCUAUGAAGGUGUUGAUUGCUAUUUGUACACCACUUCCUUGAUUGUUAAAAUCCAGAAUGAAACCUAUAACACCGUUAAGACGGUCAAGAAAAAUGUUUACGAAUUGGCAGCUGUUUACAAAAAAGUUGCCGAUAAAAAUUCUCUUAUGGGUAAAAUUGUUUCGGUAAUUCUGAAUGUCACCAAGAUUGCCAAAAGUAUUUUGGAUACUAUUAGCACGGCUAAGCAUGUUUUGGAUGGUGUAGAGAAUCAAUUGCCCACAGCUGCCCAGGAAGUGGUCAGUUGUGGUUCUAAUUUUGCUGUUCAAAUACCUUUUAUGAUUGAGUCCGUUGCGAAUGUCACCGAGUGUAUAUUGUUUGUUGAUAAUACAAAAAUUGAAUAUGAUUUUAUGAAACCUGAAGAGGACUACUAUAAGGUACCUCAAGAAAUCAUACCGGAUAUAGAGAAUGAUGAUGAGGAAGAUGGUGAUAGUAAAUAAGUGUAUUUUUUUACUUUUUAAUAA